AUGACUCUAUCCGGGGACGAUUCUGCGGGAGACCUUUCUGUUUCUCCUAGAGAAGUAUCGCUUUGUGUUCCGACAUCUCCUCAUGCUAGGGCAAAGCGGAGAAUUACUGCCCUUAUGGAGGAGGUCGAAGCUUUGAAGCAGGACAAGGCGGGACGAGCUAUCCGUCGUAUGGUUGCCCUCUACAGUCCCAUAGAGGACCUAGUCGCUGAAAAUGAUCAGCAUUGUGAAGACAGAGACAGCGGUUCUACUCUUGAGAAUAGACAAGACCGCCUUCAACGCAGCUACAUCAAACUCGCCAAAUCAUUACCAUGGAUUCACGAGAGGCUAGCAACUCUUGAGCAUGAGGAGUCGGAGGAUAUGCUCAGAAAGCUCAAGCAAGGUGCAGACUCAGCUUGUGGUGACGACACAGGAACGCUCAAAGACCUCAUUGCUUCAUGGAUCAAUAUUCUGCAUUGCCCGACUCCACUCAUCAGGACCGACGACAAGCACCAUCGAGGCUUCGUCGACGAUGCGUGUGGUCGACUACUCUGCCCAGCGGAGUGGCAUUGGGAGGACCCAAUCAUCAAGGCUGGCAUUCGCGACCGUACGACUUCUUUCAUCGUGUCUAAAAACUUGUGGCCAAUGUUUAUGUAUGAGAACUAUGAAGCUGAUGCUAAGAAUUUGGAGCGCGGGCUCAUGAAGUCGAAGUUAUUGGUUAUGCUCAUUGUAUUGAAGGGGUUCAAGGCCAUUUUCACCCCUCCUCUGCCAAUGAAGUCGAUGGCAAUGGCAAUGGCGCCGAUAUCAUUGAGAAUUGCAGAUGCGCCCGGAGAUGGUCGGAUCAAGCCAAAGUCAAGACGCAUGAGAAAAGUGACACCUCGCGCGAUCGCGUAUACUGCUUGCCAGAUUCGAUUCGCGCUUUCCAAUAUCACUUCCUGGCGUACUGUAGACGGGGAUUUCGACUAUCAUGUUUUCUGGAACAAUAUCGUAGACUUUUUUGAAGCCCCCCCGGGUGCAGCUGUGCGAUCCAGGAUAAAUCAACUUCUCGAGUGGUGGACUAGGAAAGUUUUUGGAAGAAACCAUCGAGAGGACUUGAUGCCGAAUGUCGUUUCCAAAAUGUCUGUCAAUGCUCUCGCCGCCCAGAGACAGCAGAUGGAGGACGCCAUAUUUGACUCCGACUAG